GGAGUCCUGCCCAGGUCCAGAGGGGUCCUCCGCAUUUCCCACUCUCUUGAUUUGAACAAAACAAAGGCUCCAAAAAGAAAAAAAACACAGCUCCGGUAGAAAAGAAAGGAAAAAGAAAAGAUUUUUACAGUGACUGUGGUCUGUGAGAGAGUGGAGAGAGAAAGUCCGCGAUCUGGAAGAAAACCCCUCUCUCUCUCUCUCUCAUUGUCCUUUUGAAGGGGUUCUGAGAAAUGGCUGCCUACAGAGCUGAAGACGACUAUGACUAUCUCUUUAAGGUGGUCUUAAUCGGAGACUCUGGCGUUGGCAAGUCCAAUUUGCUUUCUAGGUUUACCAAAAACGAGUUUAGCCUCGAAUCUAAGUCCACCAUUGGGGUCGAGUUCGCCACUCGGAGCUUGAAUCUUGAUUCCAAGGUUAUUAAGGCUCAGAUUUGGGACACCGCUGGUCAAGAACGGUACCGAGCGAUUACAAGUGCUUACUAUCGAGGGGCAGUUGGUGCCCUGCUUGUGUACGAUGUUACUCGACACUCCACAUACGAAAAUGUUGAGAAGUGGUUGAAGGAGUUGAGAGAUCAUACUGAUCCCAACAUUGUAGUGAUGCUAGUUGGCAACAAAUCAGAUCUACGCCACCUAGUGGCGGUCUCGACCGAGGAUGCAAAAUCAUUUGCUGAGACAGAGUCCCUAUACUUCAUGGAAACCUCUGCCCUUGAAGCCACAAACGUGGACAAUGCCUUUGCUGAAGUGCUUACACAAAUAUACCACAUAGUGAGCAAGAAGGCGAUGGAAGCUAGUGACGAUGCGGCUGCAUCAGCCGUUGUAGCUAAAGGGGAGAAAAUCGACAUCAGUAAGGACGUCUCUGCGGUAAAGAAAGGUGGUUGCUGUUCCAGCUAGAGUUCCAACCCGAAGUUGCUGCGCUGGUUUGUCUCCUCGCCCGAUUCCUAUUUUACAUUUUGUUUUACACAUGGUACACCGUGGUUGUGUGAAAUUUUUUCCAGGGAUGCAUAGAGUAGGAGCAAUUCAUGGGGAUUGAUUUGAUGUACUUUACUGUUUCGUUUACUGAUAAUGUUAACUUCUUAUGCAACAAAAAAUACUGAUGCUUUAGCUGCUAAACAUGGGAGUUGGGGAUUACGGUUUAUACUUAUUUGACUUUUGAGGGACUUUGUUCCCCAAUUACAGAAUUGUUAUGGCUUUUAGUUUUCAAAGUCCAAGAUAGGUUUCACCUAUUUUCUUC